AUGGCAGUGACAGAAUUACCUACAACCACCACAAGAACAAACCAAAUCAAAAAAAUUUCAAUCCUACCUCUAAUCUUCAUCAUCUUCUACGAAGUUUCAGGAGGACCCUUUGGUUCAGAGGAUGCAGUACAAGCAGCUGGUCCUCUAUUAACCCUCCUCGGUUUCAUUAUUUUCCCAUUCAUUUGGAGUAUCCCUGAAGCUCUCAUCACUGCUGAAAUGGGUACAAUGUUUCCUGAAAACAGUGGCUAUGUUGUUUGGGUUUCAUCAGCUUUAGGACCUUAUUGGGGAUUUCAACAAGGUUGGAUGAAAUGGCUUAGUGGUGUCAUAGAUAAUGCUUUGUACCCUGUUUUGUUUCUUGAUUAUCUCAAAUCAGCUAUUCCUGCUGUUGGCAGUGGUUUACCUAGAGUUUUGGCUACAUGGGGUCUUACUAUAAUUCUAACUUUGUUGAACUAUAGAGGUUUAACUAUUGUUGGUUUUGUUGCUGUUUUUUUAGGGAUAUUUUCAUUGAUCCCUUUUAUUGUUAUGGGGUUUAUUUCAAUUCCUAAGCUGGAACCUUCAAGAUGGGUUGAAGUGGAUAUGCAUGAUGUGGAUUGGAAUUUGUAUUUGAAUACUCUUUUUUGGAGUCUUAAUUAUUGGGAUUCUAUUAGUACUCUUGUUGGGGAAGUUGAAAAUCCAAAGAAAACGCUUCCUAAAGGUUUGUUUUAUGCUUUGAUUUUGGUUGUUUUGGGAUAUGUGUUUCCUCUUUUGAUUGGUACCGGCGCGGUUCCGGUGGAUCGUGCUGUUUGGAGCGACGGAUAUUUCUCUGAUAUUGCUAAGAUUAUUGGAGGAGUUUGGUUGAGAUGGUGGCUCCAAGCGGCGGCAGCUGUGUCAAAUAUGGGAAUGUUUGUUGCUGAAAUGAGUAGCGACUCAUUUCAACUAUUAGGUAUGGCGGAGAGGGGAAUGUUGCCGGCCUUUUUUACCAAAAGGUCGCGCUACGGUACCCCAAUUGUAGGGAUACUUUUUUCGGCGUCCGGGGUGAUUUUAUUGUCAUGGCUUAGUUUUGAAGAAAUUGUGGCUGCUGAGAAUUUCUUGUACUGUUUUGGGAUGAUUCUUGAGUUUAUUGCAUUUAUUUUGUUGAAGAUUAAAAAACCAAAUGCUGCAAGGCCUUUUAAGGUGCCAGGAGGAAAAGUUGGAGCAAUUGUUAUGUGUAUUCCUCCAACAAUAUUGAUUGGUUUUGUGUUGGCUUUUUCUACCGUUAAAGUGAUGCUUAUAAGUCUCAUUGCUAUGGUGAUUGGUCUUGUGAUGCAACCUUGUCUCAAACUUGUGGAGAGAAAGAAAUGGAUCAAGUUUUCUGUUAGUCCUGAGUUACCUGAUUUGGACAACGGGGAAAGUACUCAAACUUUCGUACAAUAA